CAGCUGAUUACAUUUUGCACUUUUACGGCGUUAAUAUUAUUUACGUAAGUAGGUAGGUGGAAUUUUAUUCGUUGCGAAAAAUUCGAUAUUUCUCUAUCUAAUCGUCGACCGUCUGGUCGUCGUCGUUCCAACACGGUCUGUUACACUGUAGCGAUUGCUGUAAAAUUGUGCUCGUCGGUGUAUAUAUUGUGCAGACCAGUGCGAGUCUACGACAGCUCGUCGGACGACCAUUUUCUAUGACCUUUUCAAGUGUUAUUAAAUUGUAAGGAUUGCGAUUUUAAUAACUUGAACGUUCAGCAGUCUUACGGUCGUCGUCUCUAUCGUCGUUUGCGAUCCAAGCACUCGUUGUUUACGACCUAGUAGGUCCAAAACAAAUUUAAUAAGGUUAUUAAAGAUCACUUCAAUAUGGCACCCAAGUCAUUAUUGGUUAAAAAUCGAAACAAGCCUUCUAAGAAUAACAUCUUUAUUAAAAAACUUAACCAUGCUUUGGUAAUCAAUAAUAAUUUACGUAAGCGUAUUGAUGAGUUAUCGGACCAAAAUAAAGAAUUAUCAACCACUAGGAAUAACUUAUCAUUGGAGAAAUUGUCCCUGCAAACUGAAAUUAACUCUAUUAGAAAUUCUAAUGUUCAAUUGACGGCAAUGCAUAAUAUAAUGAAUAAAAAAAUUAGUGCAUUAGAACAAACUAUUCAAAGCUGUAUACCUGCAUUGGUAACUAUGUCGCAAUGUAUCCCAUCUAUGUUAGAAAGUGUACACGAAAUGAGUAAGUUUGAGAUCAAAGACUUUAACAAGGAAAAGAAAGAAAAACAGACUAAAACUGUUAGACCUAUGAUUAAUGGUCACACCAUCACUCAACCAGCUAUUAGAAUAAGGAGAUGUGAUAUUAUGAUGUCACCUAUCAUUGAAAGUCCUAUUACUGAACAACCCCGGCGUAGUACUGAACAACCGCGGCAUGGUACUGAACAACCACGGAAUAGUAUUGAACAACCACGGCAUAGUAUUGAACAACCACGGAAUAGUAUUGAACAACCACGGCAUAGUACUGAACAACCGCGGCAUAGUACUGAACAACCGCGGCAUAGUACUGAACAACCACAGAAUAGUACUGAACAACCCAGACGUAGUGCUGAACAACCGCGGCGUAGUACUGAACAACCGCGGCGCAGUACUGAACAAACUCCAAAAAGACCAAGAAAAGCAAGUUAUAGAAGCUCACCACAAUGCAAACUUAAUAUGGAACCAUAUGUAAGAUUAAAAGAUGUUGCAGCCAUGUUAAAAAACUCCAAAGCUGUUCCUAAUGAAGAAGGACCUCAACGUCGAUUAAAUGAAAAUUUAGGUGAAGGUCCUAGUUGGUUGCAUACUCCAGAAAAUCAAACACAAAAUUCUAACAAUACUACUAAUGCAAUACAGAAUGUUCAAAGUUCUUCUAGAUCAACGACAGUCAAUGAAGUUCAGGCUGAUGUUUCAACAAUUGCUUCUACUUCAAGUGGUAUUACGGAUAAUACAUUUGAUGGAACUGGAGAACGCCGCAGUAACUUAAUAUCUACUAUUGAUUCGAGUAUGAUGAGAAACGUAACAUGUCGAAAACGUACUAAACGAUCAAGUGAAUCAAGCAGUGCAUCAGAUAUUGAUGAUUCAACUUCUUCAUCAAGACCUAGUAGAUCUGCAACAAAAAAUAUCAACUAUAAAGAAAAGGGCCUGGGCGGUAAACUCAGAAGAUAAUUAUUUUAAGUAUCAUAAAACUUAAAAAGAAAUGUUUAUGAUAUUUAAUUGUGUAUAUUAUAUGUAAUUUUUUGUUAUAAAAACAGAUAUUUUCAAACUAAUUAUGUUAUGGUAUAUGUUUAAAUGUUAGCUUUAUAAUAUGUAUAUUUUAUUUUACUAAAAUAAGUUAAUAUAAUAUAAAUCAGUUUUACAGAUAUUAAAUGAAUUCUAGUAGUUCAGAACAUAUUUAUAUGUUUAAAGUAUCAUAAAACUGAUUAAGCAAUUGUGUGUAUUAAACUUAUAACCCACUAUUAUAUGUAAUGUUUAAUAUUAAGUAAAAUUAGUAAACAGUAGUUUUUUUUUUUUUUAUUUAUUAUGAUUUACCUAUAUUUCAUUAGUAAAUAUAAUAUAAAUCAGGAUUACAAAUAUUAAGUGAAUUCUAAUAGUUUGCAGUAAAAAAUAUCAACUAUAGGGAAAAAGGCUUUGAUAGUAAAUUCAGAAAAUAAUAUAUGUAUUCAAAGUAUCAUAAGACCUAUUAAGAAAUUGUAUAUAGUAUUUAAUUGUAUGUAUUACACUAUUAUAUUAUUAAUUAACUUUUCAUAAUUCGUUAACAAAAGUUUUAUUUUUACUUAUUAUGAUUUAUUCUAUGUUUUAAUUGUAAACUAAAUACCUACCUAUUAAGUGUAUUUUAUUUUAUUAAAAUAUGUUAAUAUGAUUCA